AUGAGCACCAAGAGCUUCCCGUUCAUCCUCGUCUCGGGGCCGAAAGUUGAUGACCCACGAGCGAGGCGCAUCAUCCGGAAGCAAGCCAUGAAGGAUGUCGGCGAGGCCAGGAAGAAACGGGGGAAUUAUGGCCGCGUCAACAUGAGGCAGAUGCCUCUGUUCGAGGACACUAAUGUCCAAAUCCGGCCUGUAGUCAGACCGCACAGCAGUCGCGAAAGCUCCGCGACUCUCGACCUUACUAAGGCCAACUCAUCUGAUUCGACCAGCGACACCGACCCCACGGUCUACGACGACGAGGCCCUCCGAACAGGAUGCAAGGCCGUAAACGUGGCGCUGCUGCAUGAGGGUAGCAGUGGCGUGUCUCUCGCUGCAAUCAAUCUGUUCUCAAACUACGAGACUGCUCGUGCCAAAUUCAAGGUCGACCUCGCGGAUUUGUCAAUCUUGACAAACUUUAAUGUCGGCAAGAGCACUAUCCCGAUCUUGUCGGCGGACCCGACACGGCUGGCCGGUCUCUUGGGACAGCAGCAGUGGUCUUACUUGCAAUACGUGCCAAGCAUAUAUGGCACCAGUGAAGUGAUAACCGCAGCUACGAACUGUCUACUAGCGAAGGCAAAGACCACCCUCAUACCCAACUAUUCAUGCAAGGAGCUCAAUCUGAAGCUGUACGCCAAAGCGCUCCGCAGCCUGCAAUCCGCCAUCUCCAAUGAGGAGACUUGUGGAGAGGCAGAUGUACUCUGUGCCACGCAGCUGAUGAGUCUGCAUGAGCUUCUAGACCCAUCCCGAGACACUGCAUGGUCCCAUCACAUUAGCGGGUCUGCUCGCUUAAUUAGACAUCGCACGCCACAUCGCUUCGUGUCGGAGUUUGAGAAAGCCCUGUUUGCAGCUCAUAUAGGGCCCAUUGUGUCGGAGUGUCUUGUCAAUAACACGCCAUGUUAUCUAGAGGGCGAGGAGUGGAGCGCUCUGUACCGUUCGUUGACCCAGGAGUCCGACUUCCUCCAUGACCGCAGUGCGUUGACCAUCAACGCGCGGCUGAUGAUGUUUCCUCUGCCCGGCCUUUGGCAUGAUGUCGGUGAAGCCAUCACCGGGCCCGAGUUGUUCAACGACCACGCGCUGUCUCUUCUCGAACAGAGAUGUCGCACGGCACAUCGGGGCUUCAUUGACUGGAUGGAAGACUACAAGGCUCACUGCGUUCGACUGUCGCUGGCCUUGCCGCCUCCGAAGGAGCUCGCUUUGCGCAGGGAGCUGUUCGGCAGCGCGCUGGAAUGUCUUGCCAUCGUCAAGCGGUUAUUGGCGGCGGUGUGCGAUCAGCAACGAAUGUCGCUCGAGAAGGAAACCCAGGCUCUCGCGCAUCUGAUCUUGGACCUGCAGAAGCAGCCUUCGCCGAAGCACUCGUGGUUGUUCUCGGGUCAUGAAGUCGGCGUGGCGUACACGGUCAUGCUUACCAAGGCUCAGUGGGAGGAACAGAAUGCGUACUCUUCGGACGAGGAAAGAAGAAUGGCCGUCAGGAUUCGCUAUAACGCGUGGUCAAACACUCUCAGGAUGACCGGCUGA